AUGGAAAUGAAGAAGAGAAUUCACCUAGAACUGCGGAACCGUACUCCGUCAGACGUCAAAGAACUUUUUCUUGACAGCUGUCGUUCCAAUGAUGGCAAGAUCGAAGGUCUGACGGAUGAAUUUGAGGAGCUGGAAUACCUGAGCAUAGUGGGAGUUGGACUGACCACGAUCGCCCACUUGCCAAAACUAAAAAAACUGAAGAAGCUUGAACUCAGCGAUAAUAAGAUCUCAGGGGGCUUGGAAGUGCUGGCAGAGAAAUGUCCCAACCUCAGACACCUCAACCUAAGUGACAACAGGAUUAAAGACCUCAGGACCAUUGAACCAUUGAAAGACAUUUCAACACUGAAAAGCCUUGAGCUGUUCUCGUGUGAGGUGACGAACCUGAGCGAGUACCGAGAGGGUGUUUUUAAGCUACUCCCACAGCUGAUCUAUCUGGACGGAUAUGACAAAGAUGAUAGAGAUUCCGAUUCGGACCAUGAGCUUUACUCAGAAGACUGGGGACAUGGCAAUGAAAAUGACGAUGACGUAGAGGAUUAUGAUGAUGAUGAUGAUGAUGCACCUUCAGGGGAGGAAGAAGAGGAUGAGGGCGAUGACGAUGAAGAGGAGAAUGAAGAGGGGGGCCUCAGUGGAGAAGUGGAUGACCCGCAACUUCAUAAACAGGAGGAAGAUGAGGAGGACUUGAAUGACAAAGAAGUAGAUGACGAUGAAGAGGAGGAGGAAGAGGAGGAGGAUGAGCAAGAGCGGGGUCAAAAGAGAAAACGGGAACUGAAUGAAGAAGGAGAAGACGACGAUGACGAUUGA